AUGUCAAAUGUAAACAUCAAUGGGCCAUGUUUUUCUCCAAACGUGGGUCAUGAAUAUCCCAACCCCGGUAAUAGUAACACGGGGAAAAUUACACAAAAUAAUGACACAAUAAAAGAUUCUAUGCAAUUUUGCAACAUUGGUAAAGAGAUGAAUUUUCAGAAUAAGCCUGCACAUAACAGUUGCAGUGAUAGUACUAGAAGUAGUAACCCUAAUAAUGAAAUAUAUCCCCCAGAUUUUUUUAUAUCAAAUAAUUUAAAUGACACUUCUGUUUCGAGAAAUCAUAACAAUGAUGAUACAUAUGAAAUAUACCAGUUAAAUGUAAAAACUUGUAGCAAUGACUUCUUACCAGAAAAGUCUAAAACCAGUGUAGUUGGUAAUACACAACAUCAGGAACAAACUUAUAAAGAAAGGACAAAAUAUAAUAAAAAAAAAAGCACUUUCUAUGAUAAUAACACGACAUCUAAUAGUAAUAUGUUUUUCCUGAAUGCAUAUAACAAUGAUCAUACGGACAAUUCUAAUAGGCACUAUGAUUAUGGAAACCUUACAGAGAACAAAGAUAAUGGUAAAGGUUUACCACAGGAAAAAAAAAUACAACAUCAUAGCGAGUGUGACAAAUCCGGAAGAGGUGUGUCAAAUGAGAUUCAGGAGGAAUCAAGAUGGGAUCCGGAUAACCUAGGAAAGUUUCGUUUAGGCAAUAAUAAGGAAUCAAUAUGUGGAGUAUCAAAGGAGGAUAUAGAAAACGUAGAACAAACAAACGGUCACGGGAAAAUAAGUGCUACACAUCCAGAUGCACUAAGCGAUGGUUCUUCAAAAAAUCAAAUACAAAACAAUAAUGAAGGAAAUAGAUUGAAUAUGCAGAAUGGCGAUAUAGACAAAAGGUAUGAACAUUUUCACAUGAAUAGAGAAAGAGCAUUUAGUCAUACAAAGAUAUUUGAUUAUGUAGAAAAUGAUGAAAUUAAAAUGCUUAAGCCAAAAGAUAAGACUAAUACUUUUGUUCCAAAAUAUAAUAAUUUGUCAGCUAAAGAAAUUCAUUUUAAUAGUCUUGCAGGCAAUGAUAGUAUAACAAUUUUGGCUGCGAACAAAAUGAAAUUAGAUCUAACUAAAUUGCCAGAAAAAACUAAAAAUGUUUUACCAGAUGUUUAUCCAUUUCAUCUAUCUAAUGACAUGAAAAAUGAAAAUGGGAGAAAUAGAGAAAACAAACCACCAUGCUUAGAAAAAAUAUAUCCUACAAAUUUUAAUUAUAUAAAUACAUAUAAUAAAAAUAAUGCAGAUAUUACAUUAGAAGAAAGAAGACAUUAUAUGAAUUCAAGUCAUAUAUUUGAUUGUUAUGAUAAUAAAACAGAACAAAGCUAUUUGGAAAAAAAUAAAGAUACAACAGAUGAUAUCACACUGUAUAGAAGUAAAAAAGAUGAAACCAAUUUAGAUAAUGAAAAAGAAGAAAAAAGAAAACUAAAUCCUUUGUAUAGUGAUCUAUUUGGUAGAAAAACUCCAGACAUUAAUCAAAAUGUUCAUUGUGAGAAAAUCAUGCCAACUACUUUAAACUGUAAUUGGAUGUAUUGUCCUAUAAAUAGCAGAAAAUAUUCAGAUCCAUCAACUAAACCAUCCGAUUAUUUAGAAUCUUAUGAAAAGGCAAAUUUUAAGAGAAAAUCACAUUUUUAUAAUGAUGUAUAUGACAAUGAAAGAAAAAAAAUUCUCCAAGAAGCAAUACAGAAGGGCACCAGAGCUUCCCUUAGGGUGCAUUUGCAAUCAAUGUUACAGGAUGAUAUUAGCUACAAUUUAGAUGAAUGCAAUAAGGUAGAAGUAGCUGUUUUAUUUCUGCAUAACAUUAAAGAUUCUGUAUCAGAUGAUCAAAUAAAACAAGCCGUAAAGAAGAGCGGGGCAUAUGUAGUUUCCUACCAACCCGAAUAUGAUUUUCUAUGUAACAGACGCAAAAGUAAUGCCAAGUUGUGCAUUAGGUAUGCCAACGGUAGAGAAGGCUUAAAUUUGUUAACGAGUUUGUUUAAUGAACUGGAAAUCACUGUUCAGUUCAUGUAA